AUGGACUGCUUCGUCAAAGCACUUCUACGCGACCCGUUGCUGCAGGAAAGUCUGUUAUACGAGUCGGGCUUGACGAUGCUGCACGUUGCUUGCGCCUGCAGUAACAUGGACUUAAUCGAAGAUUUAUGUGACCAAGGUCUGGACGUCAAUGCACGUGCGUACCAGACUUCGCCGAUUUUUCCAGGUUGUACACCACUUCAUGUGCUGAUCAUCAAAUUCAAAAACAACAUAAGUCAUAUUUCUGAAAUGAUUUAUAUGUUAAUAAACCACGGGACUGACGUCACAAUAGCUAGUGCUGAACAAAAGACUCCAGUUCACGAGCUCUUCGAUUGCUUUGUCGCACAAGGCUAUGAAUUAGUAAGUCUACUACUGAGGAAUCAAAAAGAUUAUAGUAAAAAUCCUGUCACUGUUCAAGGAAUAUCACACUUUCACAUAGCAUGUUUAUAUAAAGAAGAAACAGUAGUAGCAGAAUUUUUGAAGCACGGCGUUGACAUACAUUUGCCCAUCGAUUACUUCUGCGAAAUCUACGGCGGUCUCACCCCUCUACAUUUGGCCUCGAUGCAGCACUUUAAAGAUAUUGCCUUCUUUUUGAGAAAACGAGAGAUUGAUGUACGCUCAGUUACUUCUUUUAUUUUAUCAACCCGACAUGAGUCAUGGCAUUCAACGAUCCAUGCCUACAAAGAGACUGUCAACUUAUUACUGCGGCAUGGCGCUGAUCUCAAUAUUAAAGAUAAAUUUGAUAAUACUCCGCUUCAUGUAGCCGCUAUGUCUAAUCUUCCACAAAAAGAUGUUUUUCAUAGUCUUAUUAGGGCUGGAGCUCCAACCGAAAGUGAAAAUGUUAUGGGCGAAACACCUAUCCAAGUACUACUUUCCUCGACAGGACCAAACAUUUUAGUCAGUGUUUUUUUUACUGUCACUAAAAAUAAUGCCAAUAAAGCACAUUUAUAA